UCUCCUGCUUGGGAUUAUCCUCCCCGUUUCCACACCCCCCUCCCCACACAGGCGAGUUGCUGCAGCCCAUUGCAUUGUGUAAGACGCGACCUGUUAUGGCCACCACUACUUCCGGGUUCCAGCAUUCUGGUCCAGACCCAGCAGCUCUCCGCCUGGGCUACACGCACACUCCAUGCACAGCGAGUCUGGCAGCAGCAGCAGCGGCAGCAGCAGCACCGGGGCUCCUUUAAAUCCGACUGAGACGUUUCCUCUGCCUCCCCCUUUCCCCAGCAGCAGCGGCAGCAGCACUGAGAGUCGCACGGAGAGAGCUGAUCUGUUCGGGGCUGCCUGCCCGGGAGAAGGCACUAGGAGCCCCGAUCUCCCUCAGUUCUGUACCUGGACACUACAUUUUCCGGGGGUUCUGUCCGGAUCAUCAUUCAUUCAGCACCUUGACAAGCUCGCCCGGUGAUUGACAGCUGCGGUGGCACAAAGCCAUGAGACUUGCCCUUAGCUGCCUGCCAGGGGCACUUUCCUACUGAAUCUUGUUGGGGGGGGGAAAUAUUUGCCUUUAUUUUUUUUUAUUUUUUCACUCCCUGAUCUUUGGGGGGAAAAGAAGCAGUUGCGUUUGAUGCCGAAUUAUCAUGUUGUUAAUUCAAUGAGCGCCGUCCGACCGGAGACUUGGCUUCACUUCUCACCGCAUUGGAAACUUUAAAGGGAAUUUUUUUUACUGUUUUUUUUUUUUCUUUUUUCACUUUUUUUGUGGAGUUGCGUAAUUGAUUCUGUUCCACACUGGCCUUAAAUAGGAUAUAUCUGAAGUUGAAGUAGGAAGGAGUUAGGAAGGCCGAUGGCUCAAAGGUACGACGAUUUGCCCCACUACGGUGGCAUGGAUGGAGUGGGCAUACCCAGUACCAUGUAUGGCGAUCCCCAUGCUGCCAGGUCUAUGCAGCCAGUGCACCACCUGAAUCAUGGGCCUCCUCUGCAUUCCCACCAGUACCCGCACACGGCCCACACCAACGCUAUGCCCCCCAGCAUGGGCUCCUCUGUCAAUGACGCUCUAAAGAGAGAUAAAGAUGCCAUUUAUGGACACCCUCUGUUCCCUCUAUUAGCACUGAUUUUUGAGAAAUGUGAAUUAGCGACUUGCACUCCCCGGGAGCCUGGGGUAGCGGGCGGCGAUGUGUGCUCCUCCGAGUCAUUCAAUGAAGACAUAGCUGUGUUCGCCAAACAGAUUCGUGCAGAAAAACCUUUAUUUUCUUCUAAUCCGGAGUUGGAUAAUUUGAUGAUUCAAGCCAUACAAGUAUUACGAUUCCAUCUGCUGGAGUUAGAAAAGGUACACGAACUGUGCGACAAUUUCUGCCAUCGGUAUAUUAGUUGUUUGAAAGGCAAAAUGCCCAUCGAUCUGGUGAUCGAAGAUAGAGAAGGUGGAUCUAAAUCGGACAGCGAGGAUAUGACUCGAUCAGCCCCCCUAACAGACCAGCCUUCCUGGAGCAGAGACCACGAUGACACAGCAUCAACUCGUUCUGGGGGGACGCCUGGACCUUCUAGUGGUGGCCACACAUCACAUAGUGGUGACAACAGCAGCGAACAAGGUGAUGGUUUGGACAACAGUGUAGCCUCACCGAGCACAGGGGAUGAUGAUGACCCAGACAAGGACAAAAAACGGCAUAAAAAGCGAGGUAUCUUUCCCAAAGUAGCCACAAAUAUCAUGAGGGCAUGGCUCUUCCAACAUCUAACACACCCAUACCCAUCAGAAGAACAGAAAAAACAGUUGGCACAAGACACAGGUCUAACUAUACUCCAAGUGAACAACUGGUUUAUAAACGCUAGGAGAAGAAUAGUCCAGCCUAUGAUCGACCAGUCCAAUCGAGCAGUAAGUCAAGGAACGCCAUACAAUGCAGAUGGUCAGCCAAUGGGAGGUUUUGUAAUGGAUGGCCAGCAACACAUGGGGAUCAGAGCACCAGGACCUAUGAGUGGAAUGGGCAUGAAUAUGGGCAUGGAGGGGCAAUGGCACUACAUGUAACCUUCAUCUAGUUAACCAAUGGCAAAGCAAGGGGGAAGACUACAAGGUAUGCCAGGAAGCUACAUAUCUCCGAGUGGUCCAAUGGGAAUGAGUAUGGGACAGCCUAGUUAUACAACAUCGCAGAUGCCCCUUCAUCACGCACAACUGCGUCACGGGACUUCUGUGCAUACCUACAUUCCCGGACACCAUCACCACCCAGCAAUGAUGAUGCACGGGGGACCACCACAUCCUGGAAUGCCAAUAUCAACAUCUAGCCCCUCCGUACUUAAUACAGGAGACCCCACAAUGGGUGGACAUGUCAUGGACAUCCAUGCUCAGUAAUUUAAGGGAAUAUAUGUUGUCUGCGAUGACAAAAAUGGCAAAAACUUCUGCUUGAAGCUUGGAGAUCCAGUCUUGGCGUCUAUACCGGACCAAGGAAACCCCCAAGAGCUUCACAGGGACAUGGAAAAAAAAUUCAUUGCAGAAAACAGCCACUGAAAUCAAGAGCGGGGGACAUGAUAAAUACAUAUAUAAGACAUUAAGAGAACAAAGAGUUAAAUAUUGUAAAUGAUAUUAUACUGUUACCAUAUUAUGUUGUUUCUUAUAGAUUUUUUUAAAAAAAUGUGAAAUUUUUCCACACUAUGUGUGUUGUUUCCAUAGCUCUUCACUUCCUCCAGAAGCCUCCUUACUUAAAGAAAAAGCCUUACAGUUAUCCUGCAAACCGACAGACAGUGUUUACUUGCAGGUCAUUUUAGAGCAUUACAAGAAGUAUGUCAGGCAGAAGAUUUUUUCUUCGAUCCAAGGAUUUCAGCCAUGCACUCUUUCUCUGCAGCUUUGUCUCUCCAUCCCUCUCCCCUGUCUCCCUGUCUCUCUCUCUAGCCUGGGGCUUGAAUUUGCAUGUCUAAUUCAUUUACUCGCCAUAUUUGAAUUGGCCUGAACAGAUGUAAAUUGGGAAGGAUGGGAAAAACUGCAGUCAUCAACAAUGAUUAAUCAGCUGUUGCAGGCAGUGUCUUAAGGAGACUGGUAGGAGGAGGCAUGGAAACCAAAAGGGCAAUGUGUUCGGAGCCUAAUUGUCACAUCAGAGCAUUAAUGUCCCCAUUCAGCAACAUACAAUAUGUACAUCACUUCCUCUCUUAUGCAGCUGAAAACAAGUCCAGAAGAAGAUUUAUUUUUUAAUAUGUUGACUUUUAUUCCUCAGCAAAGCAUCGGCUCGUGCGUGCAUUUUUUUUUUUCCAUAGUCCCAUCAUGGAACCUUUAUGUACACAUUGUAAAUAAAUUUUGUGCAAAAAGGACUGGAAACGAUAAUCGUAUUGUUGCAAUUUUUUUUUUUUCUUUUUGUAUAAGUAGCAGUUUGGUAUGAAUUGGCAUGCAUAAAGAUUUACUAAGUGGGAUAAACUAAUUCUACUUUUUUUUUUGUUGUGCUAAAAAAAGAAAAGGAAAAAAAAAAAGCUUGUUGAUAAAGUUUUUCUAUGGAGAAACAAAGGUAUUGAUAGUUAUUGAUGAACCAUCAGCACACACCCCGUCUUAGAGUUUUCUGAUUCAGGCAAUUGGGAUUGUAUACCAGCUCAAAGUCCAGUUGUACUACUUUGAGUGCCGUAAUUAAAUCUGAUCCGGAAAUAAAAACAAAUUAUUUUUUUCA